AUUUUGUUUGUCUAGAUGGAAUUCUAGAUGUGUCUGAUUCCGAAACCUGAGAGAUGCUAGGAGCGAUUCAUUUCGGAGUAUUAGCAGCUUGUUUCGUCCUCUUCGUUCCCAUGGCAAUGGCUGGUUGGCAUCUGAGCAGGAACAAGAUGCUCUUCUUUAGUGGUGCUUUGUUUAUUUCUCUUGCGGUUUGUGUUCACCUCACGCCUUAUUUCCCUUCCGUUUCCGACAUCGUUGCCUCUGUUUCCUCUGUUGUUGUCUACGAUCAUCGUAUCUCUUGUAUUAACGAGGUGAAUCAGAUUGUCUGGGAUGUUAAACCGGUAACGAAUCCGGAAUCUGUUCGUAGAAAUAAUGGCUCGACAAAGCUUGAUUAUUUCGACAAGAAUUGGGAUUGGAUGAAAUCGAGGAAAGUUUUGAGUUGUGAGUUUCAGAAAUUGGAUAAAUUUGAUGUUUCGGAUUUGUUGAAUGGAUCUUGGGUUGUUGUUGCUGGUGAUUCUCAGGCGAGAUUCGUUGCUUUGUCUUUGUUGAAUCUUGUUUUGGGUUCGGAUUCCAAGGCUAUGGAUUCGGUUAGAGGUGAUCUGUUUAAGAGACAUAGUGAUUACAGCAUUGUGGUUAAGGAGAUUGGGAUGAAGCUUGAUUUUGUGUGGGCUCCUUAUGAGAAAGAUUUGGAUGAUCUUGUGGUAUCUUAUAAGAAGAUGAAAAAGUAUCCUGAUGUUGCGAUCAUGGGAAGUGGGUUAUGGCAUAUGCUUCAUGUGAACAAUGCUUCUGAUUUCGGUUUUCGGUUGAAGCAGUUGAGUAGUCAUGUGGAGUCUCUAGUGCCCUUAACGCCAAAAGAGCAGGAAGGAGGAGGAUCGGUUUCCGGUAGAUCUGUGCAUCUGUUCUGGAUUGGGAUGCCAGUUUUGAUCAACGGGAUGUUGAAUACGGAUGAGAAGAAGGAGAAGAUGAGUGAUACGGUGUGGCAUGAGUAUGAUAGAGCGCUCGGGGAGAGUAAGAUCUUGCGCCAAAUGGGCGGUCCUCUUAUCUUGCUUGAUAUCCAGUCCUUCACAUGGAACUGUGGACCGCAAUGUACACUUGACGGGAUGCAUUAUGACUCUGCGGUCUAUGAUGCCGCUGUCCAUGUCAUGCUCAAUGCGUUGCUUAUUGAAUCUCAUCAAACUUUAUGAGUUCUUGACACGUUUUUUUUGUUUAUUUCCUUUUUGGUUUGGGGUUCUCUUGUAGAGUUUUAAGAGAAGUGGGAUGUUCAUAGGAAUUUUACAACACACGGUGAUCCUUUUGGCCUGAGUGAUCUUCACAUUGGAAGUAAGUGAACUUACAUUCUUGGCUAUAAUAGGUUUAAUAUCUUUUGACUUUGAGAAGUUAUAACACCUUUAGUUAUUCUGAUUCUUGUUAUAUCACAGUACCCUUUUGCAUUCUUUUUACGAUAAGACUCAAUGCGCAUCAUUAGCUUUAAGCAUUUGAAAGGAAGCUUUCGCUCCUUAGUAAUGUAAACAAAUAGAUACAAUAGUGAUGU